GGGCUGGACUCAGAGGGCUGGAAUCUUUUGCCAUAUUCACAGGCAGUUGCCCUCAUUUUUCUGUUGGUCCGUCUUCUCAUCACCUCUUUACAAACGCUUCACUGACCUCUUUGGACAUUUCUGCAGCAGCUGCUUCAGAACAGUCUCUUGCCAGUGACUUCUGAUGUCCCAGCAAAUGGCAUUGUCCCCAGCAGUGCUGAAAAGAUACUCCCGAAGGCCUAGCAGUGAUAUAUACAACUAACGCAGACUUGCUUGCACUCUACUGGGUAGACCUUGAACAGGAGUGAUGCCUCCAGGCAGAUGGUAUGCUGUCCAUCCAGCUCAGGCCAAGGCUUCAAGGGAGCGAGGACGCCUUCACAUGGUAAAGAAGGAAGAAGAGGAUGAAAGCUACGCUUCAGUGCCAGCUGCCAGACCACAGACACUCAAUCGUCCUGGCCAGGAGCUGUUCCGCCAGCUCUUCAGACAGCUUCGCUACCAUGAGUCUUCUGGGCCUCUAGAGACUCUGAGCCGGCUCCAGGAGCUCUGCCGCUGGUGGCUGAGGCCAGAUGUUCUUUCAAAGGCCCAGAUUCUGGAGCUGCUGGUCCUGGAGCAGUUCCUGAGCAUCCUGCCAGGGGAGCUUCGGACCUGGGUGCAGCUGCAUCACCCUGAGAGUGGUGGGGACGUUGUGGCCUUGCUGGAAGAGCUACAGAGGGACUUCGAUGGGACACCAUGGAGGGACCCAGCCCCUGCCCAGAGCCCAGAUGUGCAUUGGAUGGGCACAGGAGCCCUGCGAGCCGCACAGAUAUGGCCCCCUGCUUCACCUCUCAGGAGCGGCUCGGCUCUGGGGGACCACCUGCUGCCUCCCUAUGAAAUAGGAGUGCGUGACUUCCUGGCUGGGCAACCCGAUCCUCCUGCUGCACAGGUUCCUGCCCUUUCCCAGAGACAGGGAUGCUCAGGAGACCUGGUGACAGUCCAGCCUCAGGAGGCUGUGACUUUCAAGGAUGUGGAGGUGACCUUUGCCCAGGAUGAGUGGGGAUGGCUGGACGCUUCUCAGAGGAACCUGUACAGGGAUGUGAUGCUAGAGAAUUAUGGGAACAUGGCUUCUUUGGUGGGGCCAUUCACCAAACCUGCUCUGAUCUCCUGGUUGGAGGUAAGGGAGCCGUGGGGCUUGAAUGUCCAGGGAGCUCAUCCUAAGGGGAGUCCAAGUGCUGCCCCUGCAGGAGGUGAGCUCCAUGUGAAAACAGACAAGUUCAUCUUAAAACGUGAACCUUUGGAAGAAGCUAUGCCAUCAGGAUGUCAUGGUGCAGCAAAUGUUUCUCAGGGAACAGGGCUCAGAGAAUCUUUUGCACAGAAGAGCAGGUUAAAGGAGCAAUGUGGAAACCCCAUACAAGUGAGAGUUAAGAAAGAAGAGACCAAUUCCAGCCACAGGACAGGAGAAGACUGUGAAGAAUCGGGAAGAAGUAAUAGUCUUCAUCUAAAACAUAUUACAUGUUUGAGAGGACCCAGAAGAAAGCAGUCCCUUAAACAUGGCUAUGGCAAACACUUCAGAGGGAGUUCAUACCACUGUGAUUACAAGGAAUAUGGGAAAGGGCUCAGACGCAUGAUUGGCGGGUUUAGCCUACAUCAGAGAGUUCAUGCUGGACUGAAAGGGAAGGCAAAGGAUGCGCACGGGAAGGACUUCAGCCUUAGUUCUCAUCACCAACACGGACAGAAUCUUCACGUGGUGGGGACAUCGUAUAAGUGCAGUGACUGUGGGAGGACCUUCAGUCAUAGCUCCCAUCUUGCAUGUCAUCAGCGACUUCACACUCAAGAGAAGCCGUUUAAGUGUAGGGCCUGUGGGAAAGCCUUCAGGUGGAGCUCAAACCGUGUGCGACAUGAGAAGAUUCACACUGGUUUGAAACCUUAUAAAUGCAGUUUAUGUGACAAAGCUUUCCGACGCAUGUCUGCCUACCGCCUGCACCAGGAAACUCAUGCUAAGCAGAAAUUUCUUGAAUCUAAUCAGGAUGAAGAAGCUCUCACUUGUGGCUCAGGGUUUGAUCAUCAUUUGAGAGACCAAAGUGGGGAGAAACUCUUUGACUGCAGCCAGUGUAGAAAAUCCUUCCACUGUAAGUCAUAUGUUCUUGAACAUCAAAGGAUUCACACCCAGGAGAAACCCUAUAAAUGUACCAAAUGUAGGAAAACAUUUAGGUGGAGGUCAAACUUCACUCGUCACAUGAGACUGCACCAGGAAGAGAAAUUCUGUGAUCCAGACAAAUGUAGAGAAGACUUUAGGCAGACCUCCGACUACAGUCAGCCCCAGAGUGCCCCCACUGUGGAGAAAGCUCUUUUGUGUCAGCAGUGUGGGAAAACCUUUACUCGAAAGAAAGCUCUCAUUGAUCAUCAGAGAAUUCACACAGGCGAGAAACCAUACCGAUGCAGCGAAUGUGCAGAAGAGUUUCCUCAUAGGUCGGCCUUUAUCGUUCAUAAGAGGCAGCAUGCCGUCGAAAGAAAGCCUGAGGACGUGCCAUCGUUUAGUCAGGACAGAGCAUUCCAAGUUCCUCAGAGCAGUCACACCACAGAGGAACCUUACAAAUGCAGCCAGUGUGGCAAAGCCUUCCGUAAUCACUCAUUCCUCCUUAUCCAUCAGAGAGUUCAUACCAGAGAGAAGCCUUAUAAGUGCAGGGAGUGCGGGAAGUCUUUCAGAUGGAGUUCUAACCUCUCCCGACAUCAGAGGAUUCACUCUUUGGGAAAACCGUAUGAGUACCACGAAAGUGAAGAUGCUCCAAAUCUGCAGUCACAAAUCCUCACUGGUGCAAAACCUUUUUGGUGCCAAGAAUGUGGGAAAAGCUUUACACGUAAAAGAAGUCUUUUAGAUCAUAAGGGAAUACACAGUGGAGAGAAGCGCUAUAAAUGUAAUCUGUGUGGUAAAUCUUAUGACAGAAAUUAUCGCCUUGUUAAUCAUCAGAGAAUCCACACAAAAGAGAGACCAUUUAAAUGUCAGUGGUGUGGGAAAGAUUUCAUUGGAAGACAUACUCUCUGUAUUCAUCAGAGAAAACACACCAGAGUGGCCCAGUCCGAAUGCAGUGUGGCUGGGUUGUCUUCUCGCCAGGAUACAGGGGUGAGUUUACAGGAAUUAAAACCAAGUGAGGAGAAGCCUCUUGAAGAUUGUGAGAAAACUUGUGAUCAGAACUCUGGACUCACUGGGCUCCAGGACAUACCCACUGGGGGAAAGUGCCACAAAUGUACCACUUGUGGGAAAACUUUUAGCAAGGGCUCACAACUCAUUAGCCACAAGAGAUUUCAUACUCGAGAGAGGCCCUUCAAAUGCAGAGAGUGUGGGAAGACCUUCAGGUGGUCUUCAAAUUUGGCUCGGCAUAUGAAAAACCAUACUAGAGAUUAGCUUGGGGUCCUGGGGACCCUGCUAGAGAACCCCUGAUUGUAGGCAGUGUGGGGCAGACCUUCACAGAGGGCCCAGCCCUUUCUAUUUUGGAAGCUAGUGGCAGAGAAUCCUAAGGAUUCAAAAAUGCAGGCCAGGGGCUUCCCUGGUGGUGCAGUGGUUGAGAAUCCGCCUGCCAAUGUGGAGGACACGGGUUCGAGCCCUGGUCUGGGAAGAUCCCACAUGCCGCGGAGCAACUAGGUCCGUGAGCCACAGCUACUGAGCCUGCGCGUCUGGAGCCUGUGCUCCGCAACAAGAGAGGCCGCGAUAGUGAGAGGCCCGCGCACCGCGAUGAAGAGUGGCCCCUGCUUGCCACAACUAGAGAAAGCCCUCGCACAGAAACCCAACUCGCACAGAAGACCCAACACAGCCAAAAAUAAAAUAAAUAAAUAUUUAAAAAAAAAAAAAAAUGCAGGCCAGGCACCCCCAUCCUACUGCUGGAAAAUGAGAUGCUGGGGAAGAGCAGCAACGUGUUCCAGAAGGAGGCUUGGGCCCCUAGGAGUAGUCUUUGCACAAUGGCCUGGAGCUCCCCCAGCCAGAUCUCCUUCUAUAACUCUAAAGGGAGAGACCAUUGCCUUUCUUGGUUCAACAAAAUGUCCGUGGCAUGGUGGGCUGUGGCUGCUGGGAAGGGGCCAGUUGGAUCCUAAGUUUCCCUUUGAGUUUGGCUUGUGAUGGUGCCUAGUCUGUUUGACCUUAAAAGCACCAGCAGCAGCAAGAACUAGUCUCUCCUGAUGCCUCCAGGGGAGUUCUGGCUGCGGCUUCAGUCUUCACAGCUGACUGGAUAUUUGCCAUGGGCAUAGAGUUGUCUCAACUGCGAGUGGAGAACAGGGUACUGGGCUUGAUCACCUGGAGAAUGAAGCUCGACCAGUGCCCCAUCGCCAUCUCCAUCCCACAGGCCUGUAUGGGUAGCAGCGGUCCAUCUGCUAAACAGAAAUGUUCUGAGCAUCUCUCAUAUGCCAGGCACUGUCGUGUGUGCCAGAGACCCAGCAGUGAGUGGAACAAAAAAGUCUGCCAUCUUGGAUCUUUACAGACAAUAAACAAAUGAGAUAUAUAUAGUAUUUUGGAUGAUGAUAUGUAUUGUGGACAAAAUGAAUCAGAGUAGAGUGAGAGGGAAUGCUGGAUUGGAAGGUAGGUUGAGAUUUUAAAUGGGCUGGUCAGAGAGGGCCUCAACUGAGAAGGUGAGAUUUGAAUAAAGACCCAAAGGAGAUCAUGGAGGAAGCCCUGUAGGUCCCUAGAUGCUACACAGGACCCUUCACAGGAGGUAGGGUCUUGUCUGGUCUCCUGGGGAAUUUCAUAGGAGGUAAGGUCUUGUCUGGUCUCCUAGGGAAUGGCAAGUAGGCCCCUGAGCCAGAGUGGAGUGAGCCAGCUGGAAGCGAGGAGCCCAGAAAGGUGGAGGGCCAAGGCGCAUGAGCAUCGUGGGUACUCACUGGGGCUUGGCUACCUCAAAGGGAGGUAGGGGGCUUUUGGACAGUUUUUAGUUGAGGAUUAUUGUGGUCUGAAUCUGGACCCUUAUAGAAUGUAAUUCAGAUUCAGAGUCCCAUGUGUUGAGGGCCGAGGGUCAUGGCAAGGGCCUUGGAGUCGUCAGAUCUGUAUUCCAGGUUUGGUGUGUCUUUUGGCAGGAUGAUCUUGAGUGAGUCACUGAACAUCAGCAUCUAUUUCCUUUUGUGUGAAAUUAGAGUAGCUAGCUAUGCUACCUGGCUGUUGGGAUUGGUGAAAAGAAGGCUUGGUUUACUAAGAUUCUGGGUUAGGGGUCUGAUCUCUAGACCAGAGCCUUCACAGAGCUGCAGCUCCCAUGUCAGUUGAUGCUACAAGCACAGAAAUACCCCUUUACUGUCUAUAUUUUUCAUCCUCCCACUCCUUGUGUGCCACCUGGUACCUCAUAGAGUUCCUGCCCCAAUAGGGGUGUUUCUACUGCCAUUUUUAUAAAAUGAUAUAUAUUUAUUUUUAAACAUUCAAGUCAAAUUUUAAAAAAUGUAAACGGAGUAAAAAUCAACAGAAAUCCCUCUAUACUGAGGUAAGCCUUGAAUAUUUGGGGAUAGUGCUGAUGCAGUCUGUUCAGUAACCUGAGUUUUAAAAUAAUAUUAAUUAUAUAAGUAGUAUGUGAUUAUAGAAAUAUUAGUAAAUACAGAUCAGCUAAAAGGAAAAGUCUGACUACUUGGAGCUAACUACUAAACAUUUUGGUGUAAUCAGUGUUGAGUUUAACUUCAUUGCCCUUGCCUGAAUGCCCCUGGGCGGACCUGCCUUGUGCUGUCUCCCUUCACCUUCAUGCAGAGUGCCACACUGCUGUCCAGGCUGGCCCAGGUCCUCACUCUUUUAAGUCCCAGCCUUCCCUGACCUUUGUCCCUCUAAGCCCUCUCUCCAGGUCCCACCUCUCCUAAUGCCUGUAUGUUGCUCUGUUAGGUGUUGUCUGGGUUUCCAAAAGUUAUUCCCACUACUGCAGCCAGACCAAGUACUUUGGAAGCCAGGUUUGGGUCCAUAUUUAUCCUUUUGCUGGGCAGAGUAGAUUUUGCACAAAGUUGCCUCUUUUAAGGAAUGUAGAACUGGAUUUAUUAUUUCAGCUAAGUCAGGAUUGGAAGUUUUUGAAGGGGUCUGUGAGUGAAAUGUUGACUAGAGACCGCCCACAAGCACGCCUGCUACUUGGGAGCCCAGCCAUGGAUGGUUCCGAGCCAUAGGGCGCUCAGACAGUUUCUGACUGCCCCAGCUAUCAGUGCUCACCUCACACCCCAUCCUGGCCUGGAGAACAUACCCCUUAUUCCAGCCCUGUCCUGCCUUCUCUCCUCUUCCUAGGAAGAACUGAAGUUAGGGAGCCAGAUGGGCUGGGACUCCAUGGAGAGGAGUGGGUAUCAGGAGGUCUUUCAGGCAGGUGUUCAGUGUGGUCGGUCUCACCCUUGCUGACAGAGACUGUCAGCCCAGACAGAGGCAAGUGCAGAGAAAAAAGUGUAGGAAAUGUAAAUUGAUAUGGACCAUCUUACACUCAUAUAAAGUUGGCAAAUUUUUAAAAGCCAUUGUGUGGUUAAGUGUAUGGCACAUGGGAACUCACUGCCAUGGGGGUGGAAAUUGUGACAACUACCGCGCCAAGCAAUUUGCAACAUCUUGUAAAAUUGUGUGUACUCUACCACUUAGAAUUCUACUCUUGGAUAAACUCCAUGUGAAGAAGGAAAUGUGUACAUGACUGUUCUUUGCAGCACUGUGUAGAUAGUAAGACUGGGAGAAGCCUAAAUUUCCAUCAACAGAAGAACGGGUAAAUAAAUGGGUUGUUUGGUACUUUGGGAAGUGAACAUGAAAGAGCUAGAGUUACAUCUGUCAACACAGAUGAAUCAAAAAUGAUGCUGAGAAAGUUGUGGAAGCUACGAAUACCAUUUAUGUAAAGUUAAAUAUACUGUGUAUCUGUGGGCACAUUACUUAAACUUACUUGUGUUUCACUUUUUCUGUAAAAUGAGAUAGUAAUGCCAACCUCACAGGGUGAUGGGGGGAGGGGGACAGUUAAUGAGUUAAUGCAUGUGAAGUGCUUAGAAUAGUGGCUGGCAUGUAAGCCUUGUUGGCAUAUAGUAAACAGUGUUACUGUUUUAUACAAUAAUAUAUUUCCUGUGGAUUCAAAUUAUAUGAAGAGUGUAAAAUCAUGUGUUAGAAUGAGGUGUGAAAGCCAUGCUCUGCCUUCCCAGAGCAGGAGUUGCUGAUGGAAUCACGGAGGGUACAUGGAAGCUUCAGUUGUGUUUUAUUUCUUUUAAGAAGUUGAUGUAGAUGGGUCAGCAUGUUGAUUUAAUGGGAUAAGUGGUGGGUUCUUUUUAAACUGUUUGUUUAAAAUAUCUCAAAAUAAAAAUAUUUUUGAGCAUGGGCUCUGCCAUUUUAUGAUUUUAUAGAAAUCCUGGCUCUGCCAUUUAUGUGAUGUUUCUUAGAGCGAGCCACUCCAUCUCUCAAGGCUUCAGGUUCCUCACCUGCAAAAAUCAGGAGCAACACAGAUGGCUCUUGGUAAAGCAGUGGUUAAACAGGUCUGAUACAUCUAUGAUAGAGAACUGGGCAGCAGUUAAAAAGAAUGGGAAUGUUCUCCAUGUAUUGACACAUGAUCUCCAAGGCCUGCAGUUUAUAGGAAAUUAUAAGCUCCAUUUCCUUUCAUUCCUCCUUGCCUAAAAAUAACAAGUGAUGCCAGAAGCUGUAGCCUUGUAAGUUUAAUGAAGAAGUGGGAGCCUGUGAAUGGAAGAUGCCUAGUCAUCUAUUCCACUUUUUUAGGUUGGUGAGUAAAUAGGUUUACAUACCAACUACCCCACCUUUUAAGUUAACACUAGCCCAGCUAAGAAGAGCAAAGAUGUGUCAGCAGGUUCUAGUCAGGAGCCAGAAACCAUAUUAGUUAACUUAACAAAAAACUUGUAAAGGAUUGUUCACUAGAUCUGUCUAAGUAAUUAUAAAGGGAAAAAGAGAAGGCUAAGGUAUCGUGGAGGUAGUAACUGUGAGAAGGAGCUACCACCCAGGACUGGAGGAGCGGUGAUAGAAUCUGGCCUCAUUUUGGAUGUUUGACCGCUGACAGCUUUCAAGCCCUGUCCCCAUUUUGCCUCACAUCUGAGCAAGCUGAUAAGAAAUCCCAAGCACACCCUCUCAGCUCUGAAGGGGAAGUUUAUGCAAAUCCUGGCCUUUUUUUGUUGCACUGGAAUCCUCACCCCUAACCACAAUAAAAACCAGAGCCACUCACCCCUCCUUUAUCAAGGCAAACCAGCUGGCUUUGGUACCUGUCCCGCUCUCCCCACAGAGCCUCAUUAUAUGAAUAAUAAACUUUUUCAUAACCUCUU